CCGUAUGUUGAUCUUGAGACAUCCGGAGAUACCACUGUCCAUGUGGCGAGUACUGAUGCCAGGCUCAGAGAUUCCGCUCAUCACAAGGCGUCCAAACCAGUGCCUAUAGAUAAGGAUGCGAAAGUAUAAGAGGGAUCCAUGACAUGCAGAAACAGUAGUAUCAAACGUUGCUGGACGACAGCGCAGAGCCCAGAUCACCAGCAUGGACUCUACUUCCAAUUCUCAUGAAAUCAUAGCAAACGAGACAACGCCUCUGGUAGUACCUGCAAAGGACUCGAAGAAAACCAAAACACCCCUUCCAAAGCUUCAAAUAGGCAUACUUAUAACGUUGCAACUUGCGGAACCCAUCGCCUCGACAUCUAUAUUCCCGUACAUCAAUCAGCUGAUCGGGGAACUUGGAAUCACUGGGGGUGAUGACGCGGCUGUAGGAUAUUAUGCUGGAAUCAUUGAAUCUCUGUUUUUUGUCGCGCAGGCACUGACGGUGCUGAAGUGGAGUAGGCUGUCUGACCGCAUUGGGCGCAGGCCAGUGUUGGUAAUUGGACUCUCGGGUGCUUGCAUUUCGAUACUGUGCUUCGGCCUCUCAACGACAUUCUGGAGUCUUCCGCUGCUUGUGUGGUUUUCUAAAUGGCAAUGUGGGGGUUAUGAAGACGAUGAUGGGGGAAUUGACGGACUCUACAAAUAUGGCUCAGGCAUUCGCCUUGAUCCCGAUCGUCUGGUCCAUUGGAGGCUUUAUUGGGAGGAACACUUGCACGACCGCAAGAUCAUUGGCCUGCAUUAUUCGCGGACAUUAUCGACAAAGCGUUGGCCGAAGUUCACUUCAACUAGGGUCAGCGUUUCAAGUAGCCCCGACAGAGAAUCUCUCGUUAAAAACUCGAUGGCAAACAUGCCCUUGCGAUCCCUCCUUACGCCUUCCGUUGUCAUUCCGAUUGCAAACUAUGCCAUGGUCGCCCUCCUCGACGUUUCCUUCAGGGUUCUUAUGCCGCUGUUCUUCUCGACACCUACUUACCUUGGCGGUCUUGGAUUUGAUCCUGCUGUUAUUGGCUCGUGGCUGGCGUUGUUUGGGAUCAUUGAUGCGUUUAUUCUGCGUCUCAGUGUCGUGCUACGCACCACUCAUGGCUAUGUUUCCAAUAAUGUCGUGGAUUUUAUGAUAGUCAUAUGGCAUACGACAUAUGGGACUAUUUAUAUGUUCAUCACAGCCUCUGCUCCUACAAACAAUGUCCUUGGCGCUAUCAAUGGCCUCAGUCAAACUUCUGCGGCGGUAGCUCGUGCCAUUGGUCCUGCCUUGGCGACUUCGCUCUUUGCUGUAUCGAAGGAACACAACCUUCUAGGAGGAAAUGCAGUUUUUGUCGUCUUGAUUGUGUUGGCCGGUGGAUUGAGAUGGCUAGCGUCCCAGUUACCGGAUGAAGUACAAGACAGGGAUGAGUAA